AGCUGCCUGAAGCCGACUGCCGAAGUGUGAUGAGCUUAGGAGCCGAUAUUAGUACAUUAUUUUACUUUUGAUAGGCGCAACGAUGACCCUUUGACAUCAAGAAUGGACAUAAGUUAACAAUGACGGGGGAGAAAAAGAAGAAAAAGCGGCUGAACCGCAGCAUUCUUCUUGCAAAGAAAAUUAUAAUAAAAGAUGGAGGAAGUCCUCAGGGAAUUGGUGAGCCCAGUGUUUACCAUGCUGUGGUGGUCAUCUUCCUGGAGUUUUUUGCAUGGGGUCUCCUCACCACCCCGAUGCUCACGGUAUUACACCAGACAUUCCCCCAACACACAUUCCUGAUGAAUGGACUUAUUCAUGGUGUGAAGGGCCUAUUAUCAUUUCUGAGCGCUCCACUGAUUGGAGCAUUGUCAGACGUAUGGGGACGCAAGUCCUUCUUGCUGCUAACGGUCUUCUUCACAUGUGCGCCCAUUCCCCUGAUGAAGAUCAGCCCAUGGUGGUACUUUGCAGUCAUCUCCAUGUCUGGCGUCUUUGCUGUCACCUUCUCUGUGAUUUUUGCAUAUGUGGCAGACAUCACACAGGAGCAUGAGAGGAGUACGGCAUAUGGUUUGGUAUCAGCAACCUUUGCAGCCAGCCUGGUUACCAGCCCGGCCAUCGGAGCCUACCUGUCUGUAGCCUACGGCGACACCUUGGUGGUGAUCUUGGCCACAGCCAUCGCCCUGCUUGACAUCUGCUUCAUCCUAGUGGCCGUACCGGAGUCGCUGCCAGAGAAGAUGAGGCCAGCAUCAUGGGGAGCCCCCAUCUCCUGGGAACAGGCUGACCCCUUUGCUUCUCUGCGUAAAGUGGGCCAGGACUCCACAGUGCUUCUCAUCUGUAUCACAGUGUUUCUCUCCUACCUCCCCGAGGCCGGCCAGUACUCCAGCUUCUUCCUCUAUCUCAGACAGGUCAUAGGCUUCUCCUCAGAGACAGUGGCUGCCUUCAUCGCAGUUGUGGGGAUCCUCUCGAUACUAGCCCAGACGGUUGUGUUGGGGAUCCUGAUGCGUUCAAUAGGAAAUAAGAACACAAUCCUGCUUGGCCUCGGUUUCCAGAUCCUCCAGCUGGCCUGGUACGGCUUUGGCUCUCAGCCCUGGAUGAUGUGGGCAGCUGGAGCCGUUGCAGCCAUGUCCAGCAUCACUUUCCCUGCCAUCAGCGCCAUCGUGUCCCGUAAUGCAGACCCUGACCAGCAAGGUGUUGUCCAGGGGAUGAUUACUGGAAUACGGGGCCUCUGUAACGGUUUGGGUCCUGCUCUUUAUGGCUUCGUCUUCUACCUAUUCCAUGUGGAGCUGACCGACACUGACGGUUCUGAUAAAGGUGCCAAACUUAACAUGGCCAACCCAACUGAUGAGAGUGCCAUCAUCCCAGGUCCUCCCUUCCUCUUUGGUGCAUGCUCAGUGCUGCUAUCUCUGUUGGUGGCUCUGUUCAUCCCGGAGCACACGGGGCCUGGCAUGAGGCCUGGCGCCUAUAAGAAGCACAGCAACGGGGCACAGAGUCACUCCCACAGCCCCCAAGGCAGCGGGGCCGAGGGCAAGGAGCCACUGCUAGAGGACAGCAGCGUAUAACCUCAGCUAAGGGGGGCGGACUCCCUAUGCUCCACCACAAAAGCCCCGACACACAUGGACAGAUACACACAUUUUACCACAUGGACACACAAGCACCUCAGGCACACAUCAGACUCAAGUGCCAAGAAGAGGUGUUUGUGUCUGUGUGAUUGUGUCCUCAGCACAAAAGUGGGCAGUCAUUCCCUAGCAGCCCUUGUCCUUUUGAAAGCAGGGUAUUGUGAGGACUCUCUAAAGACCCUGUAUGAAGAGAGCGUGCUGAGUAUUUUUCAGGCUGCAGUGGAAAGAUGUGUGUUUGUAUGGCUGAGCUGGACUCCAAUCUUUCGUUUCUAUCUAAAGCUGUAAGAGAGUGGAGCGUACAACGGCUUGCCCCCCUCCUGGUGCAAAACAGAACCGAAGUAUUUUUGGUUAAGAGUGCGAGUUGGGGUAUAUCUCAAAUGUUACUAAAUCUUUGUGUGACUCUUGAUAUUCCUCUUUAGUUAGUCAAGUGGCAAUUUUGUUUGUCCAACAAGUGUGACAAACAGUUAGUUGAGCACUUGUGUAAUGCUCUUUCACAAGCUAACUUCUGUUCAGAUGCUUGUUGUUGCAACUGCAGCUCUGUUAAAGCAUCCAAGAAGGGAACACAGUUCUUCCUCUGUGUGCACAACAGGGAAGCACAGCAACUGUUCACCUGUGAGAGGGGUCUCUGCAAACCAGGGAGGCCCUGCCUAAUCUCUGUUAGGAUGGUCAACCAGUUCAGAUACGAAAAGCUUUGUUAGGACCACACUUUGUUUAAAUAUCACACUUCUUACAGAGGGAAGUGUAGGAGAGAGACCACUUUAUUAGCUCAAACGGUUUUUCAAUGUUUACUUGCCAUUCUCUAGAUUAGUAGUAGUUUGGGUUGUAUAUUUUUCUCUGUUCGAACUGAAGGCUUGUUGUGCUUCAAGUUUUUAUUCAAGAAACAAAUGUUGCCUUGAAGUGACUUAAGAUAAAUAUAUUUAGAGACAUUACGUAACCUGUAUGAAGACCGAGGUCUGAGAAGGCUCUGUAAUCUUACGCUAUCGCUCCCAUCGGAGCCGUUACACACUUUCUAUUCCUUUGUAUUCAUGCCCUUCCUUUUACUUUGUUUCCUGACAUUUAUCACCAUCAGGGUUAAGGCUUACAAAAUAAUGGUUUUAUUUUAAGCCUCUGGACCAUUUGGAGCUAGAGCGUUGCCAUUGGCAUGUCAGUGUUGGCACUGACUGUUAAUACAGAGUCUUUGAAUUAAUAUCAUUAGGUUCAACAGAAUAUCAGUCAUGCUGCUGCAGUAGAAAUUUAAAGUUUAUGUGUGAUGUGGUGAGGUGGAUAAUGAUUUCUGCAGUUGUAACUGGAUAAAAACUACAACGGUUUGAAAUAAUCCCUAACAGUUACAAUGGGGCACUGCAUAUUUCUUAAACAAUAACUAACAAUCAACGGUUGAAAUUAUUUGACACGAAGCACCACAUGAACCUGGCUGGUAACUCGUGUUUAACAGGCUGCAGAUUUUCCACGAAGGAGAGCACUUUGGUCACGUCAGACGAGCUCUACAGAUGCCAGCCUGCACCACCUAUAGGAGCGAAACCAAGAACAGCAGUGGUUUAGGCUUGUAGUUGAAGAAAUGAUGGUGUCCAGUCGCUGCCAAUGCCUAUUACCAACACGCCACAUUCAAAAUACACCAUGGAUUUUAAUAACAACCCCUAAUGUAGACAAACUACAGUUAGAAUUAAGUUGAAAUUGCCACCUUUUCUCGAAAUUCAUCCACUGAACAAAUUCAACUAAAUUGAACAACACAUGAGAAUGUUCUAAUUAUUAAAAUAUUUACUUCUUUUUCUUCCCUGUAAAUGGCCCACAUGUCUGUCUGCUGUUGUUUUUCUUGUCAAUAGGUGGCGCAGUUAGGACUUUAGGUGCAGGCCUGUGACUGCUGGUGCUGCGCCUGGUUUUUGAUACUUAGUAUCAGUGACACGUUCCCUUUGUUCACAUACUGUUAGAAACUGGUAAAUUGUCACUUUGAACAGUUCAUUUAUAUAUGCCUCUUCUAGCCAACAGUGGAUUUCAUGCUGUUUAACAUUUUUCUGAACUGAAAUGUGUGUCAUAUUUUGUGCCAAAAUUUUUUGGUUUGCUUUUUUGUACUGCGUGUGUCUGUGUGCUUAUGCACUUGAGUGAUUUGAAUGUUUUUUGUUGUUUUUUGUUUUGUUUUGUUUUGUUUUCUUUCUGUUGUCUUAAUUUCUUUGGCUGAACAUUUAAGUUUUAAUGCUAUUUUUUUUUUCUUUUUCUUUUUUUUUUUUUUAAUAUAGCUUUUUAAAACUUCAUCCAGUCAUUUUUAGGACUCUUUCCAACUUAGAUGGUAAAUAAUCGAAUGUCCAUCUGUUUUCAGUCUCGGUCUUCAUUUAAUAACAAGCAUUUCACAGUGGUGAGUUAUAUUUGUUAAGCUGAUUUUCCCAGAUUUAUCAGUAGAUCAUAAGUCACUGAAUGUUCCAAGUCGAGCUGUAUAUGUUGACCACACUAUACCCUCAACAAACUGACUUAACCUGUCAUAGUUUUUAUCAUUUCAGAGGGGGUGUUACUACACAGGAGGCCGUUAAUGUUCAUUUGAUAUCCCUGAAUAUAAUUCUUGUUUUAUUUAUCAUUUAUUGGAUCAACACUGAAGUGAACGCAUAAAUUCUGAUCCCACAUAAAUUGGUAAGAUUCUGCACCAGCCCCAUGUGCACUCGUACAGCCUCCAAACAAACAACUGUAAAUGUACAAAAAUCACCUGUACUUACAGCAAAUGUAUAUAUUUAUUGCUCAAGGAGAUGACCACGUCAUGGUCUAUUUGGUUGUAUGGUGCAAUUAUUAUGAUAUAUUUCUCAAGACUUACCUGCUAGCCACUCCUGUUUUUAGUACAAUGUGGUUUGUGGCCUGAACCCCCUCUCUGUGUGCCUAAAAUUAGCCAAGAAAUGAGUAUGGCAACAUAAGUAAAUGGUGGUUAUUAUGUAAAUAUGGGAAACUAAUGACAAACUAUUUAUUAAAGGUUUAUUGUACAAUGAAA